AUGAUAAAAAGGCAUCUCGUACAACAUGCAUCAGAACACACACCUAAUAUUCAUUCCAUAGUUCCUGCUCCAGGGAACCCUUCUAAUUUUAAUUAUCAACAUAUACCAGACCAUCAUGAUGGUGCUUUAUUCUAUGGGGUGACACAGUACAAUGCUGUCCACCAGCAGCCUCCGGCCUCCAAUCUUGAUUUAACUGUUGCCGCACCUUCAGGUCAUUAUAAUCCAUAUGUACCCCCAUCUGGUUUUAGGGAUUUCCCUGUUCCAGUAAAUCAUGGGGUGCAUGAUCAGUUGUCACUCUCAAGCACUCACAGAACUGUUGGUAUUCCUACGGAUAACUACAGAAGAAUCAUUCCUUACGCGGAUGGAGUUGGAGGCUCAUUUAAGAGAAAGAAUGCUGAAGAUUUUCCUGGAAAUUAUUAUUAUCAUAAUGCUUUAGUGGGCCUUAGUUCUUUUGUUUCCCCUGUGACUUCAAGGCCGACUGAGUCCGUUCCUACUUCUUUUCUGCCACCUGAGUAUGCCGGUGACGACCCUACAUCAAUGGUUGAAGGUGGAUCUCAUAGAAGUUUGAGUAAUAGACCUGAAUCUGCUCUGGCACGUAACCCUAAUCAUUUUCAAGGAAAUCAUGUCGCUCAAUCAGUGCAGUUUCUCUGCAAUCCUUGGUUGAACAUGCAUUUUAACUGUGGUGAUAACGGCACUUGUUGGAACCAGGCUCUCAAUUCACCCUAUGUACACGCAAAUGUGAAUGGACCUUAUGUUGAAGCUGGGAAUAUUGGCGUACAAGGUUAUCAAAUGACAGCCAUUAACAGAAGUUCCAGUGGUUUUCUUUAUUCUCCCAUUGCUCAGAGCCAACCCCAUCUUCAUCAUCCACCUCCACCUAUGCAAGGGGUCGGAAGAUAUAAUUAUAACUUUCCAUCUCAAGUGGCUACAUCUUCAAGUAGAAUAUCGACAAUCAGUUCUUCAAAUAGCAGCGUCAAUGCUCUCCAGGGUGUUACAGAUGCUGGGCCUACAUUUGUAGCACCAGUUUUGCCAACAGGCUUUCGGUUGUACGAACCUCAUAGAAGCGAACUCUUACUAGAUUCAAAUGCACGGCUCCCCAACCUUCCUCACUUGAGGUUUCUGCCAGAAGAUGGAGUUGCCAUGCUAGAGAUUCCUGGCUACAAUGAAGCAGGAGAUUCUAUUGAUCAGCACUGGGAUAUGCGUCUAGAUAUAGAUCACAUGUCGUACGAGGAGCUUCUUGCACUGGGGGAUCAGAUUGGUAGUGUUGGCACUGGAUUGUCUGAAGUAGCCAUUCAAAAUAAUUUGAGAACAAGAACUUUCACUUCAUCGGCAGCUUGUUCCAAUAUUGAAGAGGCAGCAUUCGUGGAUCAGAAAGUCAAUUUAUGUGUCAUAUGCCAGAUUGAUUAUGAGGAUCAAGAAAAUAUUGGAAUCUUGGAUUGUGGACAUGAAUGCCAUGGAGAUUGCAUAAAGAAGUGGCUGCUCGUGAAAAAUACUUGUCCCAUAUGCAAAUCAACAGCAUUGGUAAUUGACAGGAAGGAUAUGUAA